UCUAAAUAGUCCUUGAUUUUAAUUGUUCUCCAGAGGGUGUUGGUGCUGUGUUCUAACGUCAGUUCCUCUACUCCCCAGAGACAUGAAUGAAGUGGUGUGGCUCAUUCUCAUUGGCUGCCUGCUGCAAGGAGCCCUGGGUGGAAAGUGGGCAGUCUGGUUGCCUCAGAAUAUAAAUGCUCUGCGUGGAUCCUGUGUGCUGAUUCCCUGCGGAUUUGAUACCAAGUCUGAUUUUGAAAAUAAACUGCCACAGGCUAAAAUACAAUGGCUUAGAGACAAGGAUAAUGCUGUAGUGUUUGAUUCUAAAAGCCAAUCUGAAUCUCUUCUGCAAGGAACGUUCACUGGAGACCUGCCUAGCAAGACCUGCACUACACUCCUAGAGAACCUUCCAAAAAGUGGCCGUGAUAAAUAUUACUUAAGAUUAGAUGAACCCAUCAAAUGGUCUUAUAGAGGAACAUUUCUUGAACUUGAUAUCACAGACUCUCCACCCAAACCCAAGUUAACCACAGAGAAAGUGGAGGUGAUGGAGGGGACCUCUGUGAGUUUGAGCUGCUCUGCUGCAGCCCCCUGUCCCAAACUCCCCCCAAAUCUGACAUGGACCCCCAGGCUGAGUGACAGUGUGGAUCAACUGCAAGAGAAUGAGGAUAAAACCACAUCUGUGUCUUCUGUUCUGACCUUCACUGCUUCCCACCUCCACCAUGGGCAGAAGAUCACCUGCAGGGCACUUUACCCACUGCAACAAGGAGGCAAUCAGACAUCUGAGGCCAGUCUGAUUCUCGGAGUUCUAUACAUGCCUCAGAUCUCUGGCUCUGGGAGCUGCAGCAGAACAGCAGCAGAGAUCAGCUGCUCCUGUGAGAGCCGUGGGAAUCCCUCUCCCAGCAUGGAGUGGCGUGUGUCUGGACUGCGGGUCACUAACUCUACUGACAGAGUCAUCAGGGAGGAGCAGCUGGGGAACACAGGCCUGAGGAGCUCCCUCACCAUGCGCCACUCACAGGGAGACACGGCCACUCUCCUCUGCCUCAGUACCAACGCUCUCGGGAACACCAGCCUCCAGCUCCACGCCCCGUCUCCACAGCAACACUCAGGUGUCAGCAUUCCCUCACUGCUGAUUGGUGCAGCAGCUGGUGUUGCUGCCAUGGUGAUAGUGUGCCUCAUCGUGAAGGCCAUUCAAAAGCUGGCCAGGAAAAAAAGGGACAGCCAGUGUUGUGAAAGUGGGUGGAAGGACACAGAAAAGAGUUCUCCCCAAUCAGAAGAAGAACCAGUCUACUCCAACCACUCCAUGGCAACCACCCAACCCAGGGACCCACAGCUGGGAGGGACAGACCCACAGCCCCUGGCAGAAGACCGAAACAAGGCAGAGCUGGAAUCCAUGCAUUACUCCUCGAUAAAGCACUCCCCCCGCUCCGUGGAGGCACAGGGCCAGGAUGCCCGUGAAGGAGCCGCAGGUCACGGUGACGAUGUGGUCUAUUCACAGGUGGCCCGGAAGAAGAAAACCAAGAAGGGAAAGCAACAGGAUGGGGAUGGACUGGGAGAGGGGCAGGGGGAAAGGGAGGGGCAGCGGGAGGGCUAG